AUGAGUGCUUCACGUCUAGCUGUUCUCAUCGAUUUGUCGGGUACACUUCAUAUUGAAGAUGUGUGCAUUCCGGGCGCUGUCGCAGCGUUACAACAUCUCAGGGAAAUUCCAAAUUGCAGAUUGAAAUUUGUCACCAAUACAACGAAAGAAUCAUCAAGUCGUCUUCACGAACGACUGCAGAAACUCGGUUUCCAAAUCGCUCCAAGCGAAGUGUUCACGUCGUUGUCUGCAGCGAAAUGUUUAAUUGAGAGAGAACACCUUCGACCAUUGUUGUUUCUCGAGGACGUUGCACUGGAAGAUUUCAAAGACAUUGAUCAAACGAACCCAAAUGCCGUGGUUGUCGGUCUUGCACCGUCGCGUUUCCAGUUCGACAACUUGAAUAAAGCAUUUCGAUUGCUAUUGGAUGGUGCAAAACUGAUAGCCAUCCAUAAAGGUCGCUAUUAUAAACGUAAAGAUGGACUCAGCUUGGGUCCAGGUCCGUUUGUUGAAGCCCUUCAGUUCGCCGCUGAUGUUAAGGCUGACGUUGUUGGAAAACCGGAACGAAAUUUCUUUCUGUCGGCUUUGGAAAGCUUAGAUGAUGGCAAAAUACCGGCAUCGGACGCGGUGAUGAUCGGUGACGAUGCGCGCGAUGAUGCGUUGGGAUCUAUUCAUGCCGGAAUGCAUGCGAUACUUGUAAAAACCGGCAAAUAUCGGCCUGGUUAG